AGACAACCUGGAAUCGGUCAUCAGCCAUGUGGGAGGAUCGGGCUAUUACAAACGCCUACCGGCGCCUUUAUCGUUGCCUUCUUCAGGCAGUGCAGUACACGAUACCCGCCCGCUUCGUAGUCCGCGACCAGCUGCGCGCCGCCUUCCGGGACCCCAACAUGAGAUACGAUGAAAAUGCCAUCAAGCGGACCGUCUGGUUCCUGGAGGCGGCGGCAAGGGAGAAGGGGAUGGAACACAAGAUCCUCAAGAACCUCGUCAAGGUGCAGCUCGGAAGGGCGUAUCACAGCAGUUGGCAGCCCAUGAGGGGGGAUAUAUCUCCUAUGGGUAAUGUCAAAAUGACUGCGUAUCAACAUUACGAUAUGACAGUGGCUAUGCUCAACAAGACAAUGGGGAUACUUCUGCGUUGAUAUCUGAGUACUUUACUUGGACGUGAGCAGCGAGGAGGAACCUGAUCAUGAAGCAGCUAGUCUAAGAUCAUUCGACUGGUAUUCGAUGAGAGGACUACCUGAGAUGGACUACUGUGCCGAAAGCUGGUUCUCAGCGUAUCUAGCUUGAGCUGUUAAAACACUGCUUUCGGGGCAACACCUGGAGGGUUCAGCAUCACCCUAUCAGAACCGCAGGGGAGCCAUCAACGGGACAAAAAGAUCUGUACAGUAUCUGUAUCACCAAAUUGGCGGAGCAAAGUCACAUCCGCAGACAUUCUGGGUAACGCGGCACGAUAAACUUGAAUAUAUUCUCAGUCGGGAAUUACCGUCAUUCCCAGCACCUGGGGCUCGUCUCGAUAUUACACAUAUAAUACACUCAAACCACGAGAAGAUCCUUGCUAG